CACAGCAAAAGCUUAUUUGCGAUUCAGUUUGUGGGUUAUUUUAUCAAAUUUUGAUCGUACGGCCGGGGAAUAUAUCUACCAUGGUAAAACAGAACCUAGUGUCGUUUCAUAUAAUUGAAAGGGAAAGUAGUCAACAAAAUCUAGUGACAUGGACGUAUCCUACAUUGACGGACGAAUUAACGGCAUACCUAAAAGCACGAUGUUUUCCUCCUGAAUCGGAUAAAGACUUAUUUUUUUACCUUAGAAAAAAUAAUCUCUGGAUGUACAUUCAAAAUUAUUUUCAUAAACAGAAGUUAACAGCUCUAAUUGUCGUGGCAGAGGAAUUUAUACCAGAUAAAUACAAACUUUUGUGUGAUAUUCUCGAAAAAAAGUAUACAAAAACCAGCAGUCCAGUAGAACUAGUUAAAUUGUACAUAAACUUAAUAUCUGGAAAAUCCAUCUACUACCAGGAGAACGGCUCUGAAAUCGGCCUCGAUUUGAAAGCACGUAGCACGGAAGUGGGUAUAAAAGAUUUGAUAAGUAACUUUGGAUUAGAAAUAAUUUUAAUAUAUAAUGCAAUUUUAUUGAAAAGGAGGAUACUAAUAUAUCAUCACGAUAUUGAGAAACUUCAAAAGAAAAUGGCACCUAUGACUUAUUUAAUUCCUUUUAGAAAUCUUAAGGACUAUUUGUUACCUUGGAUCGAGAACAUUAACGAAUUAAAAGGUUGCUCCUUUUACUUGGCUGGUACUACAGAAAAAAAUGCCUUGAGUAAUGAAAGAUAUUACGAUUUAUAUGUAAAUUUACUAGAAAACGAAAUAACUAUUUCCAAAGCAGCCAAAGAUUGCUUCACUAUGGCAAAGAUCCACAAAGACAUAGCUCUAUUUCUAGUUCAAUUGUCUGAGAGUGACUUGAGUGAAAUAAAAGUCAUCGAACAAAUACAAAACAAAACUAAAGAUGUUGUACAACAACUUUAUUCUAUAGCAGUCUCCAGAGAUAACAAAAAGAUGGUAACGAUGAAUGAUUUAAAAUCUAAGAAGUACAGUCCUCCUUUAGAAAAUUUCUUGUUCAACAUGGCUGUGGCUGAAAAUAUUAUGAUACUAUAAUUUGUGAUAAUAACUUGUAUAGCCCUGAAAUUUUGUUUAGUUUAAUAAACUAAAUUAAUAUGCAUGUAAAUGAAAAAAAAUCCUCCAAAAUAUGUUCAUUAAAAAUAUAUUAUGUUCCUUUGUUGCCCCUAUAUACAUAGGUACCUAUUGCAACGAUAUAGUUACUUAUUAAUCAGUUUUAUUUGUCGUUAUGUCAAAAUAGAUUCUUUCUACAA